CGCGGCUGGCGCGCUCGGAGGGGGUGUUGCGCCGUGUCGGUCCUGCCUCCUUCAGUGCGAUGUGAGACUUGGGGAGAGCAUCGGUUGCCAAAGGCUCUAGUUGUUACAUGCAUCCAAUAAUCUUCUUCUCCAAAAUGGAUUUUAGUCAGAGCAAUUUAUUUGGAUACAUAGAAGACCUGCAGGAACUAACUAUUAUAGAGAGGCCAGUACGCAGGAGCCUGAAGACACCAGAAGAAAUAGAAAGAUUGACAGUUGAUGAAGAACUCGGUGAUAUUGAAAGGGCUGUUUAUCUACUCAGUUCUGGCCAGGAUAUCCAAGGAACAAGCGUGGUGGCAAAUCUUCCAGUCCUGAUGCGACAGAAUCCUGCAGAAACACUUCGUCGAGUUUUACCAAAAAUCAGAGAGGUGCUGCAUGUUGCAGGAGUGGAAAUGCAGUUAACAGCUGCUGUUUCAUUUUUGACUGUUCUGCAAGAGGAGUCGGUGUCCAUUCAUACGUACUCCCACUCCUUCCUACACAUCAUUCUCCAGAACCUGGAACACAGAGAUUCAGGUGUCAGCAAUGCAUGGCUAGAAACUCUUCUUGCUGUAAUAGAAGCUUUACCAAAAGAGACUAUCAGACAUGAGAUCCUGAAUCCACUUGUUUCCAAAGCACAACUUUCUCAAACACUUCAGUCCCGCUUAGUUAGUUGUAAAAUCAUGGGAAAAUUAGCUAACAAAUUUGAAGCUCAUAUUAUUAAAAGAGAGAUUCUUCCAUUGGUAAAAUCACUGUGCCAGGAUGUGGAAUAUGAAGUGAGAACUUGCAUGUGUCGGCAACUGGAACAUAUAGCUCAAGGAAUAGGGACAGAACUAACAAAAACUGUGGUGCUUCCUGAGUUAGUAGAACUGGCAAGAGAUGAAGGCAGCAGUGUACGCCUUGCAGCUUUUGAGACAUUAGUGAAUCUGCUCGAUAUGUUUGAUGCAGAUGAUAGGAGUCACACUGUGCUCCCCUUAGUGAAAUCAUUCUGUGAAAAAUCCUUCAAAGCAGAUGAAUCUAUCCUAGUUUCUUUAUCUUUCCAUUUAGGGAAACUGUGUAAUGGAUUAUAUGGCAUUUUUACUCCUGAACAGCACUUAAGGUUUUUAGAAUUUUAUAAGAAGCUUUCCACACUGGGUUUACAGCAGGAAAAUGGACACAAUGAUAAUCAACUACAACUUCAAACUCUGGAACAGGAAAAGAAGUAUAUUUCAGUGAGGAAGAACUGUGCUUACAAUUUUCCAGCCAUGAUUGUUUUUGUGGAUCCAAAGAACUUCCAUUUAGAACUAUAUUCUAUAUUCUUCUGCCUUUGUCAUGACCCUGAAGUUCCCGUCAGAUAUACUAUGGCCAUAAGCUUCUAUGAAGUUGCUAAGCUUUUAAAUCCUGGUGUGUAUACAAUACAUAAAGAACUGGUUACACUAUUACAGGAUGAGUCACUGGAGGUGUUAGAUGCCCUGGUAGGUCACCUUCCUGAAAUCCUUGAACUAAUGACUAAUGGAGGAGAAAACAGUGGAUCAGAAAGCAAGUUAUUGUCUAUUCCUGACUUGAUUCCUGCAUUAACAACAGCAGAACAGAGAGCAGCAACUUCUUUAAAAUGGAGAAUUCACGAGAAGUUACUACAAAAAUAUGCAUGUCUCCCUCAUAUCAUAUCAAGUGAUCAGAUUUAUUACCGUUUUCUUCACAGAAUGUUGACAAUCAUUCUGACAAAUAAUGUCUUGCCAGUCCAAAAAGCAGCUGCUCGAACUCUCUGCGUUUAUUUGCGUUAUAAUCGCAAACAAGAACAGAGGCAUGAGGUUAUUCAGAAACUGAUUGAACAACUGGGCCAAGGAAAAAGUUAUUGGAACAGACUUCGUUUUUUAGAUACUUGUGAAUUCAUUAUGGAACUGUUUUCAAAAUCAUUCUUCUGUAAAUAUUUCUUUCUACCUGUGCUUGAACUUACACAUGAUCCAGUGGCAAAUGUGAGAAUGAAGCUAUGCUAUUUGUUGCCAAAAGUUAAAUCUACUCUGAAGAUUCCCACUGAUAAACAUUUACUUCAGCAGUUGGAAUUAUGUAUAAGGAAACUUCUGUGUCAAGAGAAAGAUAAAGAUGUCCUGACUAUUGUAAAAAGAACCAUGUUAGAAUUGGACAGAAUGGAGAUCUCUGUAGAUGCUUUUCAGAAAAGAUUUUACGAAAAUGAUUUAUUGGAUCAAGAAAAAGAGAGACAAGAACAUCUCCUUUUGGAAAUGGAACAAUUAGAAAAAGAGAAGCAGCAAAAUGAAGGAAGAUCUACAAAUAUUAAUGAUAAAAUGUUUGAAAAGAAGCGUAGAGACAGUAAAACAUCAUCAGUGUUGGCAAAAAGUAUCACUCUCUCUGUUCCUGGAAGCUCUUCUGGUACGUCAGCAGGCAAAGAAGACAAAAAAUCCAAGUUGGUUCGAAGCCAGUCUUUCAGUACUCAAGCACUACAUCCAAAAUACAGCAACAUAGACAAGUGUCCUAAUAAAAGCUCUGCUACAGGAUAUACAUCUUCAGUAUCAGGAAUGGGAAAGAGUUGUAUGUUAUCCUUUAGUGAUGAUUCAUUCCGGACUCAUUCUACUGGUAAUAGUGGGAAUGCUGCCUUCCCUUCCAGUUCUUCGUCUCGCAACAUAUUUAACUCAGCUGACCAAAAAAACAAUGGAAAUAAGGAGAGUCAGUCCCGAAAGAUGAGCAUAAAAAACAGAAAAUCAAACUCUUAGAUCUUCUGACAGAAAAAGAAGGGAACCAGAGACUGGUGGUAAGCAACGUUCUGGUGUGAUAAAGUGGGAGCAGCAGAUGGGACUCUCUAAUGCCUGGAGUGAAUAAAAUGCAUCUUGCAAUGUUAAAACUUUUUAUCUUUUAAAUAAAAUCCCAAGCUGUAGAAUAUGUUCUGAUAAGUAAUGUAAUGGUUGCAGAAUUCUAACGUUGUAAUGAAAUGUUAUGAAAUAUAACUUCAGCUAUGUGCUCUUAACUGCUGCAGCUAAAGAGAGGAUUUUGUUUUCUUCAGUUAUGCCUUUGUAGUUCAAAUUCUUGGAUUUAGAAUGCACAUAUCCAUUACUUAAUUGGCUUAUUUACAAUUUUAGCAAUUCUUAGCACCCAUGUUUUAUGCAAGAAAUAGAAGGGAUUGUUAGGAAUAUGAAAAGGUAAUCCCACAUUUUAAGGAACCUUCAAACCUAAUUUAAAACCAAAGUCCAGAACCAUUGAUCAGUCUAUAAAAAACAUAAACUUCAGUAGCAUUGUGCUGUGAAUUUGGAGGUAAUGUUUUUACAAGUACUAAGUAAAGUUCAUAAAAAUCUUGUGUAAGUUUCAAAGCAAUCUGAAAGCAGAUGUCUCCAGAUGAUAUAAAAAAAAAUAUUUCAUAAGUUUUGUUGUAUAAAUACUUGUUUUAAUUUUUAGUAUUUCAGAUUGUAUUUUCACUUGAAUAAUUUAUAAUGAUGAAUCUAGUUUUUAAUCAGCUGCUAUUGCAAGCUAUCAUGCUUCAGUGAUGUCAUCUGCAUUUGUUUGUAUUAAUGCUAAUGUUUCUAUCAAAAUUCGUCUGUGGAAAAACAUGCAAUUCUAUUUUAAAAAGUCUAUUUAUGCCAAUACUUGAGAGACAGCCUAUGAAGCUAUUGUCAGCUUCUCUAUUUCAAAAUGGAAGCAGCAUAAAUAUACUGAUAUCAGAAAUAUGUGUUUUUUAAAAUUUAUUGGUGUAUGAUAAAGAUGAUAUGAUCUGUGAAUGCAUAUGCGUGUGUGGUUACUUUUUAUAAUGUAAAAAUAUGAAUGAUGAUUUACUCAAAAUAAAACCUAGGACAAUGCUGUACAUGCAUGUUCUUGAAAAAAAAUUUCUCAGGGCAUCUUUUAUAAUUAAAAUAAAUAAAAGCAUUUACCUAUAGAAGGUAUUUAUUUUAAAUAGUAAUAAUGCUAGAUGUAUGCUGUCAUGUGUGAAGUACAAAAUGUGUCUUUGGAUUUAGCAGUGCUUUACUGUCCGAAUUCUUAAGCUUCCUACACUGCAGUUGGAUUUAGGUGUAUUCUCUGUCUUUAGUCACAGACAUUGUUUGAAUUCUGUGGAAAUACUCAAGUUUUCAGUUUGUUCUGCAGCCUGGCGUAGGAUCUUGUAAAUCACAGAUUUCUUUAAAAGCUUCUUCAACUGUUACGAUGUUUAACACACAAUAUUGAUGCAGAUAUACAGACGACCUAUGCUGGCUCCUCCCAGGUUCUGCUUUUGUCUCAUUCAUGAAAGCAGAUGCUCCCAGUUCCCCAGGAACAGCAAUUCAGUGUGCCAGCUACAGCUGCUCACCCAUGGGCCACUGGAGACUGCUCAAUCUGUUCUCAGUCUGACUUCUGCCAGGGACCAAACUCAGAUCAGCAGUACCCAGCUGCAGAACAGGACUCAAAACUGUGUUUGACCCUCAGAUGCCUUUACUAGAGCAAUGCAGAACAACCAGUAAGUUCAGAAACUUGAAUCUAAGCUAUUUUUCCCCUUAACAAGCAUGUAAUGAGUUCUGUAUACAGUCUGUCAUUUGUUUCUUAUUGGCUGUCAUUUGUCUGUCAUUUUUAACUGAUUAAUUUAUUUAAUGCUG